GGGCUCGGCGCCUGCACGGACCUGUGCGGCGGCGGCGGCGGCGCGGGCGUAGGAGCCGCGCCUGCAGGGACCGGCCUCGCCCUGUCUGCAUAGCUGCUCCUGUGUUCACUGCUGGCUGCGAGCAGAUCUGCUGUGCUGGGGAUGUGGAGAAAGCCUGCAUCCUUAAAGCGUCAAUACAAAGCUAGGGUCUCAGCCACCUACCUCAGCCUGCCAGUUGGCCAGCACGCUUACCUCCGAGUCAUCUCCUUCCCCUCAUGUAGUACAGGAUGGCCUCAAGCUGUCUGUGUGGACAAGGAUAACCUUGAACUUCUGAUCCUCCCGCCUGCACUUACAGGUGUAUACCCUCGCACCCAGUUUUAUGAAGUACUGGUGUUCAAACCCAGGGCCUCAUACAUGCUAGGAGAGCAUGUACCAGAUGGAGCCUGGGCCAUGCAGAGCCCACUGACCAUUCCUGUGCCGGUGCCAGUGCUGCGCCUCCCUCGGGGCCCUGAUGGCUUCAGCCGAGGCUUCGCCCCUGAUGGACGUAGGACCAUCCUGAGACCAGAGGUUGGAGAAGGUUGUAUUCAAGAUCCCCCAGAAGCACAGGAACAGCGGGCCAGGGCCGCUCUGCGGGAGCGCUACCUUCGUAGCCUCCUGGCCAUGGUGGGGCACCCUGUGAGGUUUACACUGCACGAAGGGGUGCAUGUGAGCGCCCAGUUUGGAGCCACAGACCUGGAUGUAGCCAACUUCUAUGUUUCCCAACUGCAGACGCCCAUAGGCGUGCAGGCAGAGGCCCUGCUUCGAUGCAGUGACAUCAUUUCCUAUUCCUUCAAACUGUGAGCUGUCUGCGGCUUUCCCAGGCCUCUGGCUGUUCCUGGGCCAUGGAGUUCUCAGCACCUUCCUGGACUCCCAAAGCAAGCUCCUACAAACUCUGGCCUUGAACUCACAGCAACUCCAAACCAGAUAUCACCUGGUGCCAUGUGCUGAUUCUCUAGAGGCUGAGAUGGGAAGAUGAUAAAAUUCAAGGCCAGGCUGUGCUGCCGUGGGAGACUGCGACCACAGACGUUCUCGAUCUCUCUUGUUGAAAGGAAUGCUCUGCCUCACACACUGAACUUCACAGAAUAAAUCCUAAGGCUUGUCCUUGCAGGCUAA